UGCCAGUGUGUGAAGCUAAGCUUUUUUUUUUUUUUUUUUUUUUUUUUUUUUUUUUUUUUUUGAAACAGGAAAGCAGCAACAGGGGGCUGUUACGAUUUCUUUUUCUUUUCCAAACUUGGAAAGCGGCCCGUGGGGCCUGCGACGAAUUCCCUUCCCCCCCUCAAUUCUUCUCCGUCUCUUCAUCUUCUUCUUCCUCUUCUUCCUCCUCCUCUAUUUUAAAGGCAGGAUGUCAGCAGGUCAGUGCAGCAGGGCCAGGGAGCAGUUCAGGGCUGUGGAAGGAGACGAGAGGGAAGAGCUGUUGCUGAAGCACGGCAUACGGCAAUGGGUCGACCGGGGGCAGAAGAACGUUGGCAGGGCAAAUGGGUCAUGGAGGAUGCAGUGCAGGUUGUGCUCCAAGGAGCUUGAUGGGGCCACCAAUCAUUUAAUCCAACCAUCAGACGGCGCCCGGUGCAAGUAUGUCAACAGGGAGAUCUUGUACGCCAUUUACAAGGCACAAGGAAAGAGUAAGAUCCUGCAGAAAUUGUUGAGCAGACUGGAUGGCCACAUGCGGGAGCUUGGGUACCCGUCCUCAACACCGACUGGAACGGGCCUGGAGGAUGAGCAGGAGGAUAUCCACAGCCUCGACGACUCGCUAGCUCAAGUACAAGGCCGCCUUCAGCAGCUGGAGCAGCGACCUGUCGCCGCCCCCGAUGCAAGCUCUUCCAAUACCUCCAAUCGCCUCGAAGCAUUGGAGAUGGACGUCGGCUCCCUCAAGGACGGCGUGCAGUUACAGCAGACCGCAACGCAACAGAUGCAACAGCGGAUUUGUACUACCGCCAACACCUCCAGUUCGGAACCGCGCGAGACAGCUCCAAUGUUCGACGGGCAGGAGAUCUUCUGCAACUCGAUGAAGACAGAUCCGAUUCCAUGGUUCCGCAAGUUCGAGCUCACGCUACAGCUACACAUCAUCAAAGAACACAAGCACCACGCAUACUUAUACUCUCGCUCAGGGGGCGCGUGCCAGGCUUGGUUGUACAAUCUCUUGUCAAAGUACGGAGUGGUAGCUAACGACUUGCACACCAAGAUCAGUUGGGAUGAUCUGAAGGCGGCGUGGCACAAGCGGUUCCAAGUCGAGCCGCCCGAGAUCAAGGCUAUGGACAAGCUCAUGGUCUUCAAGCAAGGCACGCUGACGAGUACCGACUGGAUCGCCAAGUACCAACGCUUGACAUCAAUCCCAUACAUCCAGAUGGGCUUCAAAGCCAUCCGCCACUAUUUCAUCUCAAGGUCAUGUCCGACAUUAAGUAAUGCCCUCACUCACGUUGAGGACACCUUGACGACGACGGCGGAACUUUUUGACAAGGCCGCGCAGAUCAUCAUUACAAACAAGGAGGCUAAGAACCUGCGUUUGCAAGGGCAAACAGGGAAACUGAGCCCCGCCGAGAGCGACUCAACAACACGCUCGACGCCUCCGGAACCGGUUUCUUCGCAAGUAACCGGCCUUCAUUCCGAGGCGCAUGCGGAGGUCGAUAGUCCUCCUCUUCUACUUUCUUUUGAGGACUAUGAUGCCCGGCUUGUUCCUACGCUGGGUACUCAAGCUCAAGGAAAAGACGUGUGUGCGGUUUCUUCUCCGUCCGACGCAGCGACAUAUUGUCUUCAAGUGGUUCUUCACGGGAUACGACGCGCGAGUUCUAGUAGCUCCCCAUAUGGAGCACCAGUUCUCUUCGUCCGGAAGAAGAACAAGGAUCUACGAUUGUGUAUCAACUACCGCAAGCUCAACGCGCAAACCAUCAAGAAUGUGGGGCCUCUUCCUCGCAUCAACGAUCUUCUUGAGCGAUUGGGCGGCGCAAAGUAUUUUUUUAAGUUGGAUUUCAAAUCGGGAUAUCAUCAAAUCUCGAUCCGACUGAAUGAUCGCUACAAAUCCGCGUUCAAGACACGGUACGGGCAUUUUGAGUGGGUGGUCAUGCCUUUUGGCCUCACCAACGCCCCGACGACCUUUCAAGCGGCAAUGACCAAUGAGUUUCGUGCAAUGUUGGACCGGUUCGUGCUAGUCUACUUAGACGAUAUUCUCGUCUAUAGCCGAUCAUUGGAGGAUCAUCUUGGGCAUCUUCGACGAGUGUUGGAAACGCUCCGCCGCGCCAAGUACAAGGCCAACCGUGACAAGUGCGAAUUUGUCAGGCAAGAGCUGGAAUACUUGGGCCAUUUUGUCACACCGGAGGGCAUCAGUCCGCUAUCGGACAAGAUUCAAGCCAUCCAAGAGUGGCCGGAGCCUCGGAACGUCACGGAUGCCCACUCGUUCCUUGGUCUCGCUGGCUACUAUCAGCGUUUCAUCAAAGGCUACUCGAAGAUCGCGGCCCACUUGACCAAGCUUCAAUGCGAGGAUCGGCCGUUUGACUUCGGGGAGGAGGCACAAGAAUCAUUUCUAGCUCUCAAAGUCGCGCUAUUGUCUGCAGAGGUCUUGCGGAUAUACGACCCGCUUUUGCCUACGCGUGUCACUACGGAUGCGUCAGGCUAUGGCAUUGGUGCAGUCCUCGGGCAACAUGAUGGUGUGGACUGGCACCCAAUCGAGUAUUUCAACAAGAAAGUGUCUGUCGUGCAUUCCAUUGACGAUGCACGCAAGAAGGAGCUCCUCGUCUUCGUCCACGCACUCAAGCGGUGGCGACACUUCCUCCUUGGUCGAAGCCAAUUUCGAUGGGUAACGGACAACAAUCCGUUGGUCUUCUAUAAGACCCAAGACACCGUCAACAGCACCACCGCUCGAUGGAUGGCUUUCAUCGACCAGGUCGACUUCUUUCCCGAUCACAUUCCCGGAAAGUCGAACCGUUUUGCGGAUGCUCUUUCACGGCGCCCGGAUCAUUGUAUGCGGUCUACUCAACCUUCGAGACCGACGAUGACCUGCGGAACAGCUUCUUCCGCGGCUACCAAGCCGACCCCGAGUUUCGCAACAAGUACGCGAAUUGCUCCUCUCCUAAUCCGGCGCCUUCUCACUACUGGAUCCAAGAGGGGUACUUACUUUUCAACACGCGGGGAAAGGACCUUCUUUGCGUACCUAGUGAUCCUCACUUGCGUACACGGCUUCUUGGCGAGUUCCACGAUGCUCCCGCCAACGAACACUUUGGAGUCGAUCGCACGAUUGGCCGACUUCGCCAGCGAUUUUGGUGGCCCGGCCUUCUCGACGACGUCACGCGCUAUUGCUAGUCAUGCGAGGUUUGUCGACACUGAAAAUGUCGCAACCAUCGUCUGUACGGCGAGUUACGACCACUACCGGUACCAUUGAGGCGAAGGGAAGCGAUUGCCAUGGACAUUACCGGCCCGUUCCCCAAGCACAAGA